UUUUAUGGACAUUAAAUUCCAUAAUAAUAAUAAUAAUAUGAUGGCCACAACAAACACGACAAAUAAUAAUGAUAAAUUAUCUAAUCGAACUACAGAAUCGGCAACUUCUAAUAAUAAUAAUAAUAAUAAUAAUGUUGAAAUGCAAAAAAAUUUAUUUCCACAUCGUUUUAUGCCAAAUUCAAACUCUAAUUAUCGUCACGGAAAUAGCCAUCACGGUAAUAGUAUCCAGUUUCCAGUAAAUAGUAAAGAAUCAAAUCAACAGCAGCAAAAAAAUUACAUAACAAUAGCCACUAAACCAUCAGUUCCAGUGAAACCAAUUGCAACUACCACCGAUAAUAAGGAUCUCAUUGAAUCAAUGUACAACAACACUGCCGUUGAAAAUGAUGAGUCUGUUUGUAACAUUGCCACUAACAAAAAUGAAAUUCAAGUGAAUUCCUUUCCAGAGAAUGAUUGUAAUGAAGAAAAAGAGGCACUACAACAACAACAACAACAACAACAACGUUCAAACAGCGUUGUUGAGAUUGUUAAUAAAUUGAACAAUCUUUCAUGUAAAGAAUCAUGGGAAAAAAUGAUGAAAAGAAGACCAGUAUACAAUAUGAAUGAAAUGGAAAAAGAAUUGGAAAAAUCCUCAUCGAUACAUAAUGAUAAAGAUGAAUUUUCUGUGAAUUAUGUUGACAACAUUAUUCAUGGUAAUGAUAAUAGCCACGAUACUACUGAUAAAUGUACCAUUGUUAACAACAAAAACGAACAAGAUGAUGCUGUGAAUAAUAAUAAUAAUAAUAAUAAUGGUAAAAAAUUGUCAAACAAUCCGGAAGAAAUGAUCAAAGAUUCUGGCUAUAUUAAACGGAUGAAAGGAGGCCUAAAAAAAGAAGAUGUUCAACAAAGAAUGAUGUGUUUACGACGACAACGACGUGUUAGUUUCGAUCCUUUAGCUCUUUUAUUGGAUGCCUCAUUGGAAGGUGAACUUGAACUCGUUAAAAAAACUGCCAUUCAAGUGCCAAAUCCAAGUUCAUCGAACGAUGAAGGUAUCACUGCAUUACAUAAUGCGACAUGUGCUGGACAUUUUGACAUUGUUAAAUUUCUAGUGGAAAUUGGUUGUGAUGUUAAUGUUCAAGAUUCGGAUGGAUGGACUCCGUUACAUUGUGCUGCUUCCUGUAAUAAUUUAACAAUGAUUAAAUUUCUUGUCAAAUCGGGUGCUUGUAUUUUUGCUACAACAUUUUCCGAUCUAGAAACGGCAGCUGAAAAAUGUGAAGAAGAAGAUGAAGGAUUUGAUGGAUGUUCACAAUAUCUUUAUGGUAUUCAAGAAAAAUUGGGUCUCAUCAAUAAUGGCAUCGUAUAUGCUUUAUAUGAUUAUGAUGCACAAAAUGAAGAUGAAUUAAGCUUCAAAGAAGGCGAUAUUAUUAAAGUGCUACGUAAAGGUGAUGAAAAUGAAAAAGAAUGGUGGUGGUCCAAAAUCGGAAACAAUGAAGGCUAUGUUCCAAGAAAUCUAAUUGGCCUUUUCGCUCGUAUUAAGCCAAAAGAUUUGUCAUUCAAAUCAACAGCAUCGAAUUGAUUUACGAAGCCAACGACGACGACGAUAACAUUAUUAUUUAACAAUGAGCUGUGAUCCGAAUACUUUUGUGAAUUUUGAAUUUCUAUUUUAAUGAUGGUAAUAAUCGGCUUGCUGAUGUUUCAUUGGAUGGUUGGACCAUCUUUUUUUUAUCUUAAUGCUUUUUUUUAUUUUGUUUUCAUUGAACUCUAAAAUAAAGAACUGAUC